AUGGCUGACACAACUGCUCCACACACAGAUGCGCGCAAAGGCAAUGCCCAGAAAGCCCUUUCCAUGACGGCUUCAAACCCGGCAGUUCUCCAUGUACCAACGCUGACUGGUGCCUUCCACGAAGAAGAUCUAGCAGACUUUUACACCGAGUUCUUCCAACCAUCACCUACAUCUCUCAACUGCAGACUCCUCUCGCGCACCGUAGGCACCGACCGUGUAGUCGACGAACUCUCCCUCUCUUUCAACCACAACAAAGUAAUACCAUGGCUGCUUCCUGACAUUCCCGCCACAAAUCGCAGGAUCGAGAUUGUGAUCGUGAGCAUCGUAUGCAUCAAAGCGGGAAAGCUGGCUAGUGAGAAGGUGUACUGGGACCAGGCUAGCGUAUUGAUGCAAGUGGGAUUGCUUGAUCCGAAAAUGGUGCCGGAUAAGUUCAAAGAAAAAGGAGUUGAGAAGUUGCCGGUCAUUGGUGCUGAGAGUGCGAGAGCAGCGGUAAGAGGAGGUAGUCGGAGGAUCAAUGAGUUGAUCGAUGAGUGGUAG